GGGCUCUGCACGCAACCCCCAGCGCCGUCGCCGUCCCCUAUCACGGCGGCGCCCGCGACCCUCUGCGGGCUGGAUAUAUAUCGUCGGGCGGCCCGCUGACAGCGCUGCCAUUACCAACAAACACGCCAACAUCUGCCUGCCGCCCACGCCUCCCACGCAGUGCCGGUUUCGCCCUCCGGUGUGCGCGAUUAAAAACACUGCGCCCGCAUUCCCACCAAACAGAGACGCCCGCCACGGCCCACCCGCGCGCCUGGACAUUGUGCUCUCUUCUUACCUGACACCCGCGCAUUUAUUUCCUCGCUUUAUGCACUUGCUUCUCUCCAUUGCCAUCACGCCCGCACUUGGCCGCUCCAGCUGCACAGCCUUCCCCCUCGCCCGCCAGCGCAUACAAUAACCCCAUCCACCAACCCCACACACGCACGCCUGCUACGCGUCUCAACAUGGUUCUGUCGAUACGCUCCAGCGUCGACAGUCUGUCGAGCCGGCUCAGCGGGGAGAAGCCCCUCCCGCGGCCCGUCUACUACUGCCGCAUGAACCCAGAGGAGCAGCAACUAUGGGAGAUUAUCGGCGAGCAAAAGUACGAGUACAUGCGCGACUCCAAGGGCCGCUUGCACAAGCACCGCCUGAGCUACGCUGAGCGCGCCCAGCGCCAACGCCAGUUCUACGACUCGCGCGUCGGCCAUGCCAUUGUCGGCGACGAGUGGAUGCGCAUGAAGCUGCCCACUCGCAUGUGCUGACAGGCACUCUUGUUGUACCACCACCCCACUGGCUGUCUGUCGUCGACAUCCACCACUUUGCAUAAUAUUACACACGUCCACCAUGCCGCCAUGGCAGUCGAUUCCACGAUUUUCCUUUGUUUGAGCGAGCGCCCGUCACCCGGGACGCCGAGGGUCUCUAGAGACUAUUGAUUUUGGUUGAGCGUUCAGUAUGGUGUUCAGAUACAUGGCCUUUGCACGCAAAGGAAGAUACCCGGCAUGCGGCACGGAGUUUUUUUUUUACUACAUAUCCAUUUCCUUAUCUCAGAUUUGCUUUUGGUCUGAAGUUUGUCUUUACUUGCUCUUGGUUGACUUGGAAGACUAUUAAUAAUACAAACCUGCAAAGCAUUCUUC